GUAUAAGACAAUAGAAAUGCCAUAUUUUAUUUGAAACUAUAUAAAUGAUAGUUUUCAGCGUAGUUUUAAAAUGUCUAAUAAUACUCAGAAUAUCAAAACAGUAACUGAUUGUCGUAAUAACCAUCAGUUGCGGCGAUACAUUUACAAGUAGUUACCACUUCUAUAGUCUCAUUCCGAAUUCUAUGUUUAGAAUAUAUCUAUUGUAUUUGAAUGUUCUAUUCUGAGUGGUUUGUGACAUAAUACAUCUAACUUCACUUGUUUAUGAAUCAGUUUUUUAUCGUGACGCAACAAAAUACAACCAGCCAGUAACAACAGCCUUUUGAAUAGAGAACGAUUAGUUUUACUAGUCUGUGGCGGCCGAGCGCGCGUUCACCUGUGUUAGUGUGUGUUCAAAAUAAAAACAUGUGAUAUAUUUUUUAUUACCUUUUAAGAGAUGAUUUUAGUGAGAUUUUGAAUUAAGAACGAGACGUAGAGUGUGCAGAAAGGCAUAAAAAUGAACAACUGUUUCCUAGAUAUAGCGUACGAGGCGGAAGUUCUAAAUACGAAAGAAGAUCCGGAACUAUUGGCGAUUGCAGAAAAGGAAUGCAAUGAAAAUCCAGCUACCAGGGGCGCAGUCAUCGAAGAGCUCAGGCAAAUGUUAUACGAGCGUGGGGAAUGUGUUCCUCUCCGCACAGAUGACGCUUAUCUUCUGCGGUUCCUGAGGGCAAGGGGCUUUAUUGUCCCUAGAGCACAUAGACUGAUGGUGCGGUACUACGAGUUCAGGGAGCAGUAUCCCUACCUGUACAAGGACGUGGACAUCUGGGAGCUGAUCAAGGUGAAAGACGCAUAUGAGGGCACCCUCUACGACAGGCCUGAUGUCGGGAGACUGUCUAUCUUGAGGUUUGGAAGUUGGGACCCGAACGAGUUCCCAGUGGAGGACCUGGUCCGCGCGGGGAUGGCGAUGACUGAAAUCGGCCUGAGGCAGCCCAAACUCCAGAUCUUCGGCGGCACCGUCAUUGUGGAUCUGGAGGGCAUCACGUUACGCCAUGUGGCUACAUUGACUCCUACGGUCGCUUAUCAAAUAGUUUCUUUGUUGGGGGGUGCCACCGCCACGCGGAUGAAGAGCUGCCACUUCAUAAACUACUCCUGGAUCCUCAACACCUUCUUCUACCUGUUCAAGCGGUUCAUCCCCAGGAGUAACAUGGGUCUCCUGCAUUUCCACGGGAACGAUCUGAAGUCUCUCCACAAGCAUAUAGACCCUGAAUGCCUCCCUCCAAGGUAUGGAGGCACCUGCAGGUACCACGGAGGAUGUGGUACCUGGCUGACGAAGAUCAAAAAGUAUAGAGAUAAGGCGUUUGAUGAAGAUAUGAAACUAUUAGGUUACGUUGUCAAAGAAUGAGUGAGUGGACCCCGGGCUAUGAUGCUUCGUGGCUAAGUUUGUGUAUGUCGGGCGGAAAUUAAACUGCUUUAGAGAAAUUAAAAAUAAAAUACCAUUUAGAUGAACUCAAAUAAUUCGGAACAAUGAAAUAAUCAAAUCAAAAUGACUAAUCCGAUUUCGAUACAAAGAACAAAUGACGAAUUAAUUUUGUAUCAGUAAAAAAAUAUGGAGAACACUUACGCUUACAUUACUCAAAGUUAUUCGAGUAUAUAUUCAAACAUAAAGUCACGUCUACAUAAAUUGCGGGGUAGACAGGGCUUAAUGUCUCGAAAAGACUGAAGGUCCACGUUCAGCUGUAUGACUCCAUGAUGGAAUGAAGAUUCAAGUAGUGACAGGUUGCUAGCCCAUCGCCUACAAGAGGAAUCCCAAGUUUAUAAACAUAUAAACUUGGGAUUCCUCUUAAUCGCCUUUUACGACAUCCGUGGGAAAGAUAUUGAGUGGUUGUAUUGUUAAGUGCCCUACGUCUCUGCUCUUUACAAUUUUUUAUUGUGAAGUUCGAGCUGUGAGAGGAAUUAAAAAUAUUAUGUGAUAUAUUUAUUGUGAUAAUCAAUUUUUGGAAUUUUUUGGUAUAAAAUUAAAAAUUAUAUAGUAUAGUUUAGUAAGCAAAUGUACAAAAAAGUACAGUAAGUACAAAAGAUGGUGUACAAAAUAACUAUAGUCAAGCCGAAUUUACCUCACCGCACCGUAGUCUAGCUGCACAAAUAUAUUUUAAAAGUUAAUGCCAUAAAUUGCAAGAAUAACAAUCGGCCGUCUAGCUUAUGUAUUUUUUAGAGAAUUGUUUUUUCAAUAACAACCUCUUUAUCCAUAAACUUACAAAGUUUAUUUAAAACUAUAAUUAUAAAAAAUCAUAUUCCUUUCAAAACUUUCCGUUAUGUGUUUUUCCCCAUUUUAUCUUUGAUGUCGUUUUGUAUAGAAUAACUUCAGAUUUAUUAAUUAGUCAGUAGCUAUACUGACCAUAAAACGAUAUUUGAAAUAGUAUUUUUGAAGAUUUUAUAAAAUUUUUGUAGAUAAUAUUCUUAGUCACAUAGAAUUUACUAUUUAGUAAGCAAUUGUAAUUCCUUUGAAAAAGAAAGUAACAAAUAUCUGAAUAUUCAGUUUCCCUCCCCCAUAAAGACAAUUCGAUGACAAUAAUCGGUAGGAAAACAAAAUUUACCCAUCCCAAUUGUAAAAUUAGUAUUCUGUGCUUGGUCUCUUUUUGAUCGACGGAAAUAAUAAUCAAUUUGUAUGGAUAAUAUUUACAAAAGGCCUUACCCCGCCUUAUUUAGGUAAAAUGUCUUUGUGCAACCCACUGUUUGAUAUAAAAAUAUAUUAUGAGAAGCUUGUUAACGUAUUUCUAAGAAAAGGGUAUGUGUUUGAUAUUGUAAAUAAAUUGCAAAUUAUACUUUAUAGAAAUAAAGUUAUUUUUUAGUGUUU